AUGGACGAAUCCCUAUCAUCAUUAGGCGAUCAGAUCUGCCAGCAUUUCGUGCAGAGCAGAUUCGAUGAGCGCAGUCCGUCCUUCCUGCCAGAUGGCUGUAUUAAGGGCCUCAUUAGCGAGGGCGCAAUUUCCAAUGAGCUGUUCGACGAAGACGAUGAUCCCCAAACAGCAGAAAAGGCACUGAUACGCUUUGUCAAAGACAAAGCAAAGAAAGUCUUUGCGAUCACAGUAUGUAGCGGAAUCACCGGAUCCGAGCUUUUGAAGACUGUGGAUAACCUUCCAGCCCACGUUGCAAUCAAAGAGAUCCUCGUCAACAACAACUUGCGCCACGAGAUCGAGAAGAACUAUGAAGAUGAGCGGAAGGCAUUCUCCGAGAUAACCGAUUUGCGGCACAGCCAUAUCAUCCAACGAAUCGCCGCCAUUACUCGCGGAGAGAAACGGUAUUUCAUGUUCCAGUGGGCCGAUGGCGGCAAUCUUAGAGAGUUCCGGAAAGAGCAAAAUCGACCAACUCUCAUGCCGGACCUGCUAAAGCAAACGACCACUCAACUUUGUGGGCUCGCCGAUGCGUUGCAUGCCUUGCAUAAUUACAAGGAUAAAGGCAAUUACCGUCACGGAGACUUGAAGCCGGAAACAUUCUCCGAUUCAGAGACAGCACCUGUGUUGGCGUCCUCAAGAUUGCAGACAUGGGCCUUGCGAAGCACCACAAUGAUGCUAAGGCGGGGCGCAAGAAAGCAACUAGUGCAAAGUAUGGAGGCGCCCGAAGUUGUCACCAACAGUCUUGACAAGGCUAGGUCCAGACUCUACGACAUCUGGUCCAUGGGCUGCAUCAUGCUCGAGUGCGUUAUUUGGCUCAUGUAUGGCUACGAGGCAUUGGACAAUCUUGACGACAGCCUCAAUGAUGGAUACGAUUCCAGUUUCUUCAAGACCAAGAAUGUCGACGGGGCGCGAGUGGUCUAA